AUGAUCACCGAACAGACAACUGUGGUAAACGAGAUCUCGGCACGAGUACAAAGACUGGAGACACAAGGGAUUAAACUUAUAGAAUCAAAACACAAUUCCCCAAAGAAAACAAUAAGUGACCCAAAACAAUCUAAUGCAGAUACGUUGGAUACUCUCAAUAAAAAAAUCAAGUCGCUUGAAAGUAAUAUAAAUACUUACGAAGGCAUCGUUGCUGUGUUAAACAAUCAAAUUGAACAAGAUGCAAAAACUAUACAAACUGUAAAGAGUGAAACAAUUCAACAAUUAGAUCACCUGAAGGCAUUGGAACGUAAAAUCAGCGCCCAAGACAGAAUUCUGACAUUGAAGGAUUUUGCACUUUCAGAGCAGGAUAUUCGAAUAAAAACCCUGAACAUGACAUGCUAUGAUGGCGAAUUUGUUUGGAAAAUAACCGAUUUUGCCCAAAAACGUAAAGAUGCGAUCUCUGGCAAAACAAUAUCAAUUUAUUCCCCAUGUUUUUACACUAGUCGCCAUGGUUACAAAAUGUGUGCCCGUAUGUACCUGAAUGGUGAUGGAAUGGGAAAGGGCAAUCAUGUGUCUUUGUUCUUUGUCAUCAUGAAAGGUCAAUUUGAUGCUCUUCUGAGAUGGCCAUUUCGUCAGAAAGUUACCUUAAUGUGGCUGGAUCAAAAUCAUAGAGAGCACGUUAUUGAUGCAUUUCGACCUGACCCAACGUCCAGUUCUUUCAAACGACCAGAACAAAACAUGCCAUUUAAUUCUCCAAUAGUUGCAAUAAGUUCCCUAAAUGGAAACGGCUUCGCAGCAACACUAGUGUUUAGUUUAUAUGUAUUUCCCAACUCAGUGACUAAAGAUGGAAUGAAAUGCCAAGCUGUUGACGAAGAUGAAAAAUGUGAAACCAUACUUAGAUUUGAAGAGCAUGAAGUCACUACUGGGAUUCCAGGAUCAGAAAUCAUGGCUUGUAUGAAGUUUGAUAUAUCUAAACUACGCAUAGUUCUCGAUCAACCCAUUUAG